CUUUUUUUUGUGUUGUUUUUUGGUUGGAUUUUAGUUACAACAACGAUGUUACGGAGAGGGCAGGCGAUGCUGCCUUUCUUCUUAUUGGCCUGGGUCUUGAGGCUCACACAAGCUCUUGCUUCAGCUCAUGAUCGCCUGCAGGAUGAAGCAGCUGCAAAUUCCAUGUCAGGGACAGGAAACUUGGAUCGUGGAGGGAACUUGAGCUUAGCUACUGAUUUAGCCAUUCCUUAUGCUGAGGACCUUUUUUCUAAACCGGAUUACUUUUCACCAAAUGGAAAAAGUGAACUUUCUGAGAUUGCUGGUUAUUCUGCAGAACAACAGAUGCAGUCUCUUGAUCAUGUGUUUUCUGAGUCUGAUUCUACAAACGAUGGGCUUUUUGAUUUCAGCCAGCAUUAUAGGUAUGAUGUGGAUGCUCUUGAACAGCCUGGCUUUUCCAAUCCAGAUAGUGAUGACUUCAAUUCUGAUUUGACCAAGAACUCUGUCCCUUUUGCUGCUGACGACUACCCUAUGGCUUCAGACUCUGAAGGCGAUGUGGAACAUGCACUUUUUACUGAUCGGAGUAAUGACCCCGAUGACUUCCCAGAAGUCUCAGCAUAUGCUGAUUUAGCUACUUCAGAUAAAGAAAAUGUGUCUAAUAUUGCUAGCCUUGAUCUCAAUGAUUCGGUUAAUCUUGCAGCAGAAAUGGGUAUAGGUGAACUUGGCAAAGAGUUUGAUUCUUCUGACCACAAGUCUGGUACCUAUUCUGAAACCCUAGGCUAUGAUUCUGUUGCCUUUGCAGAUCUUGAAAAGGAAGGCACUGAUACUUUGCAUCCUGGUGUGCAUUCCUAUCAUCGUAAGGACCAAGUUACUGGUGACCUCAAUGAAAUGCAUGUUUCUUCUUUUGACCGCUCUGUACUUACUGAUAUAAAUCUGGAGUUGGAUGAAGCUCUUUCUCCAGCUCUUAAGAUUGCCAGUGCACUCAACUCUCCUGAUCUCUCCGGAGGUCCCAGGGUGCCAAGCAGCAUCUAUGAUGCCUCUAUGGGGCCCUAUGGUGUAUUUAAUCGACCUAUUACCCCACCAAACCCUCCUCCCCAUAGCACAGGAGAGCCAACCACCCUGGCUUCAGCAACUACAUGUGGUGUUGCAGACAUGGCCAUCAAAUUGUUUGGUGGAAGGCUAACAGACCUCAAAGUGCGAGCUGCCUUCAUAUUUGUUGAAGUAAGCAAGAUUACGCAGAGGUGCAGAUACAAAGUGUUUGAGAGAAAUGGAGUUGUCCACUUUACAACUGCCUUCAAAGGUUGCAAUGUGAAGAUACAGGGUGGGCAAUAUGUCCUGACCCUGAUGUGGAGAAACCACUAUGUGCAUAUGACCUGUCCAAUUUCUACACCUGAUAAACCUGUUACAAUCUGUGGUACGAGUAGCAUGACCAUCACACUCCCAGCAGGACCAGUAGAAGCACUUCGUGUAAAAAAUAAAUUAAACAAAUGGGUAUCCAUUCACCAAGUUGCUGUUAAAUGCAAAUAUCAACUGUUGCGUGAUUCAGAGGGAAGGAUCACUUUCACUACUUCCUACAAUGGAUGUCACGUGAGGAGAUCGAUGGAUCGUUACUUCUAUAACAUCUACUAUCAAAUGGCUCCAGGGAAGCUAGGACAGACAGUCAUGUCUUGUAGGACCGGAAUUAAUGUCACAGUCCCACCUGAAGCGUCUUUGCCGUCUGUAUUUUGUGCCAAGUCUGGCAUGAUAAUCAAAUUGCCUAAGGGACGUCUUGAUGCAGUCAAAGUGAUAGAUGGUUUUGGCAAGGCAAUACCUGUUGGUAAUAUUGCCAAGAAAUGUAAUUAUCAACUCUUUCAAAUGAAGACUGGACACAUCAUCUUGAUUGCUUCCUUCCAAAGCUGUCAAGUUGCGUUUGUGGAUGGUUGCUUUGCCUUGAAUAUCAAGUUCCAGCAUGCUGAUCGUGUAAUGGGAGAGCUCUCUGCGCUUUGCCAUGCAGGUGGGGGGCCAAAACCAACUUCCCAACCUGAUACUCCUACAACUCGAGAUGUAACUUCCAGUAUACUGUCUACAGUAAUUCCUGCGGAUGUGUCUGCUACCAUCUGCAACAAGGAUGGCAUGACAGUAGUUCUACCCAAUGGUCCUUGGUGGGGGAUUAGAGUGAAAGAUCUUUCUGGCAAAGAGAUCACUGUGACUAGUGAUUUUGCAGAACGAUGCCAUUACAAUCUCUCUCUGCAUCUGGAGAAAAUAAUCUUUACAACUACCUACACUGGCUGUUUUGUUGAGCAAGUGGGAGAUCGGUAUGUCCUGACUGUAAUGUACAGGACAGCUACUUGGAAUCGAGGGUCUGUGCGGAUGGAAUGCCCAACCAGUGCUGGAAGCCCUACAGAAUUGCCUCCUCUUUCAGCCACUGUGGGGAAACCCAUUAGUGUCUGCAGGUCCUCUAACAUGACUGUGGUGCUGCCUGCAGGAUCUCUGGAAAAAGUCUUGGUUCUAGAUCACCUCAACAGGCCAGUAAAAGUCAUUGAUGCGCCCAAGUCAUGCAAUUACAGCAUGGUGGAGAGAAGAGGACAGAUCCUCUUCACAGCUCCCUACAGUGCCUGUGAUGUCAAGAUCCUGAAUGGAAACUAUGUCCUGGCCAUUAUGUAUACAAGUUAUUCUGGAGGCUUUGCGUCAGUGCAGAUGGAAUGCCCUACCACUGGAGAACCAACAAAACCCCCUCCCUCUACAAAACCCAUUCCUCCAACUCCUGUCUGUGGCGCUUCCAGCAUGAUCGUGGCGCUGCCUGAGGGGCCUCUGGAACAAGUCAAGAUAAUGAAUGCCUCCAAUGGGCUAUGGGUAGCUGUAAAGGAUGUCCCAAAGAACUGCAACUACACACUGAUGAAGGAAAGAGGAAGAAACCUCUUCAUAACCUCCUACAAGGCCUGUCAUGUCUGGAUACUGAAUAAAAACUAUGUCUUGACUGUAAUCUACACAACUGCAACUGGGGUAAGAGGGAUGGUGCAAAUGACUUGUCCAGCUGUAGAGACAACAUCCCUUACUACUAGGUCUACAAGUAUUGGGAAGCCAGUGACUACUGGGAAACCUACAAAACCAACUCUCCCUCCCACUCCUGUCUGCAAAGCCUCCAGCAUGACUGUAGCACUGCCCUCUGGGUCACUACAAGUUUUGUUAUUGAAUCUGUCCAAUGAAUGGGUAGAUAUCGAUGCUGCUCCCAGUUACUGCAACUACAGUUUGGUGCAGGGAAGAGGCGGCAGGAACUUCUUUACAGCCCCUUACAGGGCUUGUGAUGUCCGGAUACAGAAUGGAAACUACAUGUUGACCUUGCUUUACAUAACUGCUGCUGAUAAACGAGGGUACUUGGACAUUAGAUGUCCCACCACUGGUGGGGAGCCAACAGAGACUACUAGCCCCUCUGGUGGGGAGCUGACCGGAACUACUGCUGGAGAAACGACAACUACUUGGAAACCUACAAUGCCUACUCUCCCUGACACUGCUCUCUGCAGAGCCUCCAGCAUGACUGUAGAAUUGCCCUCUGAGUUGCUUCAAGUUCUACUAUUGAGUCCAUCCAAUGAAUGGGUAGAUAUCAGUAAUGCUCCCAGUUACUGCAACUACAGUUUGGUGCAGGGAGGAGGCGGCAGGAACUUCUUUACAACCCCCUACAGGGCUUGUGAUGUCCGGAUACAGGAUGGAAGCUACAUCUUAACCUUACUCUACAUAACCAUUGCUAAGGGAGGCUACGUGCACAUGAGAUGUCCAAUAAAAACCACUACUAAGCCAACCAAGACUUCUAGAACCACCACUAGGAAGACUACCAGUAUCGCCACUGUAGGGGUGACCGAGGCCCCUGCAACUGUGGUCUGCACCGCCUCCAGUAUGGUGGUGGAGCUGCCCAAGGAACCUCUAAGACUUGUGAAGGUUCUAGAUAAAUCCAACCGGUGGGUAGCUGUCAUUGAUGCUCCCAAGUACUGCAACUACACCUUGUUGCAGGGAAGGGGAGGGAACUUCUUCAUAACCCCCUACACGGCCUGUGAUGUCAGGAUAUUGAAUAACAACUAUGUUUUGAAGAUCUGGUAUUUGGCAACUGGUGGCAAAAAAGGGUAUAUGGUGAUGAAAUGCCCCACCGAUGCUGGAGAACCCACAAAAGCACCAACAACUACUUGGGAGCCAACCAAGAGUACCAGGACCACCAUCAGGAAGACUACCAUAACAACCAUUGGGGAGCCGACCAGGACCACCAGCAGGCAGACCACCAGCAGGAGGCCUACCAGGACCACCAGCAGGAGGACUACCACAACAACCAUUGGGGAGCCAACCAGGAACACCAGCAGGAGGCCUACCAGGACCACCAGCAGGAGGACUACCACAACAACCAUUGGGGAGCCUACCAGGACCACCAGCAGGAAGACCACCAGCAGGAGGCCUACCAGGACCACCAGCAGGAGGACUACCAUAACAACCAUUGGGGAGCCAACCAGGACCACCAGCAGGAGGCCUACCAGGACCACCAGCAGGAGGCCUACCAGGACCACCAGCAGGAGGACUACCACAACCAUUGGGGAGCCUACCAGGACCACCAGCAGGAGGCCUACCAGGACCACCAGCAGGAGGACUACCACAACCAUUGGGGAGCCUACCAGGACCACCAGCAGGAGGCCUACCAGGACCACCAGCAGGAGGACUACCACAACCAUUGGGGAGCCUACCAGGACCACCAGCAGGAGGCCUACCAGGACCACCAGCAGGAGGACUACCACAACCAUUGGGGAGCCUACCAGGACCACCAGCAGGAGGACUACCAUAACAACCAUUGGGGAGCCGACCAGGACCACCAGCAGGAAGACCACCAGCAGGAGGCCUACCAGGACCACCAGCAGGAGGACUACCACCACAACCAUUGGGGAGCCAACUAGGACCACCAGCAGGAGGCCUACCAGGACCACCAGCAGGAAGACUACCACAACCAUUGGGGAGCCUACCAGGACCACCAGCAGGAGGACUACCAUAACAACCAUUGGGGAGCCAACCAGGACCACCAGCAGGAAGACCACCAGCAGGAGGCCUACCAGGACCACCAGCAGGAGGACUACCACCACAACCAUUGGGGAGCCAACUAGGACCACCAGCAGGAGGCCUACCAGGACCACCAGCAGGAGGACUACCACAACAACCAUUGGGGAGCCAACCAGGACCACCAGCAGGAAGACCACCAGCAGGAGGCCUACCAGGACCACCAGCAGGAGGACUACCACCACAACCAUUGGGGAGCCAACUAGGACCACCAGCAGGAGGCCUACCAGGACCACCAGCAGGAAGACCACCAGCAGGAGGCCUACCAGGACCACCAGCAGGAGGACCAUCACAACAACCAUUGGGGAGCCAACUAGGACCACCAGCAGGAUGACUACCAGGACCACCAGCAGGAGGACUACAACAACCAUUGGGGAGCCAACCAGGACCACCAGCAGGAAGACCACCAGCAGGAGGCCUACCAGGACCACCAGCAGGAGGACUACUACAACAACCAUUGGGGAGCCUACCAGGACCACCAGCAGGAGGCCUACCAGGACCACCAGCAGGAGGACUACUACAACAACCAUUGGGGAGCCAACCAGGACCACCAGCAGGAAGACCACCAGCAGGAGGCCUACCAGGACCACCAGCAGGAGGACUACUACAACAACCAUUGGGAGGCCUACCAGGACCACCAGCAGGAGGCCUACCAGGACCACCAGCAGGAGGCCUACCAGGACCACCAGCAGGAGGCCUACCAGGACCACCAGCAGGAGGACUACUACAACAACCAUUGGGGAGCCAACCAGGACCACCAGCAGGAAGACCACCAGCAGGAGGCCUACCAGGACCACCAGCAGGAGGACUACCACAACAACCAUUGGGGAGCCAACCAGGACCACCAGCAGGAAGACCACCAGCAGGAGGCCUACCAGGACCACCAGCAGGAGAACUACCACAACAACCAUUGGGGAGCCAACCAGGACCACCAGCAGGAGGACUACUACAACAACCAUUGGGGAGCCAACCAGGACCACCAGCAGGAAGACCACCAGCAGGAGGCCUACCAGGACCACCAGCAGGAGAACUACCACAACAACCAUUGGGGAGCCAACCAGGACCACCAGCAGGAGGACUACUACAACAACCAUUGGGGAGCCAACCAGGACCACCAGCAGGAAGACCACCAGCAGGAGGCCUACCAGGACCACCAGCAGGAGAACUACCACAACAACCAUUGGGGAGCCAACCAGGACCACCAGCAGGAGGACUACAACAACCAUUGGGGAGCCAACUAGGACCACCAGCAGGAAGACCACCACAACCACCAUUGGGGAGCCGACCAGGACCACCAUUGGGAAGACAACCAAGGCCCCUACAACUGUGGUCUGCACAGCUUCCAGUAUGGUGGUGGUGCUGCCCAAUGAACCUCUAAGACUGGUCAAGGUUCUAGAUAAAUCCAACCAGUGGGUAGCUGUCAUUGAUGCUCCCAAGUACUGCAACUACACCUUGUUGCAGGGAAGGGGAGGGAACUUCUUCAUAACCCCCUACACGGCCUGUGAUGUCAGGAUAUUGAAUAACAACUAUGUUUUGAAGAUAUGGUAUCUGACAACUGGUGGCAUAAAAGGGUAUGUGGUGAUGAAAUGCCCAACCAGUGCUGGAGAACCCACAAAAGCCCCAACAACUACUCCCACUACAUGGGAGCAAACCAAACCGACCAGGACCACUGGAAUUGCUACGAAGACAACUGUGACAACCACUGGUGGGGAGCCAACUGUAGUCUGCACAGCCUCUAGUAUGGUAGUGGAGCUGUCCAAGGAACCUCUGGUACUAGUAGAGCUUCUAGCUGAAUCCAGCAAGUGGGUAGCUGUCAUUGAUGCUCCUGAGGAUUGCAACUACACCUUGGUUCAGAGCCGAGAAAGGAACUUCUUCAAAACCCCCUACAUGGCGUGUGAUGUCAAGAUUCUGAAUGAGAACUACUUCUUGGCCUUGCGCUAUACAACAAUUGAUGGUACAGUAGGGUAUGUGCAGAUGAAAUGUCCAACCAGUGCAGGAGAACCAACAAAAGAUCCUGCAACUACAAACACGACCAGGAAAUCAACAAGGACCCCCCCAGCACCAGAUGUGGUGUGCAACUCAUCCGGAAUGAUGGUGGAGCUGCCCAAGGACUCUUUAGACCUAGUGGAGCUUCUAGAUUAUGCCAACAAAUGGGUAGUUGUCAACAAGGCUCCCAUGUACUGCAACUACACCUUGCUGCAGGGAAGUGGAAGGACCCUUUUCAUAACCCCCUACAAAGCCUGUGAUGUCAGGAUACUGAAUGAGAACUACAUCUUGACCCUCCGCUAUACAACUUCUGGGCAACAAGUUUAUGUUCACAUGAAAUGCCCCACCAGUGCUGCAGCACCCACAAAAACACCUUCCUCUACAACCACUACUGGAAAACCACCAAUACCCACUGUCUGCAAAGCCUCAGUCAUGACAAUAGAGCUGCCUGAAGGACCAAUUGAACAAGUAGCCCUGAUAGAUAAAUCCAACACUCUGGUAACUGUCAAAGAUGAUACCAGAAAGUGUGGCUACAGCUUGGUGCAUGGGAGAGGAAAGAACCUCUUCACAACCCCUUACACAGCCUGUGAUGUGAAGAUGCUGAAUGGGAAUUAUGUCCUGACUCUAGCAUAUGUAACCCUUACUGGGGAAAGGGUACUGGUGCAGAUGAAAUGUCCAGUCAGUGCAGCUUUACCAACAGGGUUGCCGCUCCCUCCCUUUGGGGUUUCUGUCCUCUGCAGUGAUACUUGCAUGACAGUGGAACUUCCUGGGGGACUGCUACAAGAUAUCCAGUUAAUGGAUGAAUCCAACAACUUGGUAGCUGUUACCAGUGCUCCCAAGACUUGUGGCCUCAGUUUGGUGAGGGGGAACGGCAAGAACAUCUUGACCGCUCCUUACAAGGCCUGCAAUGUCAAGAUACUGAACAACUUCUACAUCCUGAGAGUCAUUUACACCACUCUUACUGGGGAGCGAGGAGAUAUACAGGCCAAGUGUCCUGUUCCUGGUCUAGUACCACGUGAGGGGUGCAAGAUACCAAGAAGUCAGCAGGUUGCUUGUGGUCCACCUAAUGCUGAUCCACAACUGUGUGUGGCCAAUGGAUGUUGUGUGGAUGCAACAACUUCCCAGUGUUACUAUCCUUUGAAUGCAUGCACUGCAGAUGGCCAUUUUGUAUUCUCCGUAGACCGCACCUCAACUAAGCCAGAAAUCGAUCCUGGCAGUCUAGUAAUUGCAGGAAACCGAUCAUGUGCCCCAGUAAUCUGCACUCCAGACUUUGCCAUCUUCAAAUUUCCUGUGACUGGCUGUGGGACACAUGUCUUUACGGUGGCGGAGACUACAAUUUAUCUUGCUGAAGUUCAUGGCUUGGUUCGGGGGAACCAGCAGAUGUAUGGACAAAUUACCAGAGAUGGCCCUUAUCGUUUCCAGGUGGAAUGUCGCUAUUCUAAAGGGCAUUUGGCCAGCACUGGUUACUUGGUGGUGAACCCACCGCCUCCAUCAGCAGCCUUGGCUUUUGGCUCACUUGGGGUUAGGUUAAGGAUUGCCACAGACACCAGCUACACUAGCUUCUACCCUCGGUCCCAUCUGCCCCUGAGCUUCUUGCUUGGAAGCAAGGUGUAUCUGGAAGUGCAGCUUGUAAACCCUCCUAACCCCAAUGUAGUUCUGCUGGUCCACUACUGCAUCGCCUAUCCCCAGUCCUCUCAAGCUGCCUGGGUGAUCCUCUAUGAAGGUUGUCCCAACAUCCUGGAUUACAGCAGUGCUGCUGGCCUCCAUGUGAAAUAUAAUAACAUGCCUGUAUCCAAGCACACUCGACGCUUUGAAAUACAAAGCUUCCAGUUCCUGGACUACAAGACCAAGCAGCAUUUGGAUGAGGAAAUCUAUUUUAUGUGUUCAACUGAAGUGUGUUCCCCAGAACACCGUGUUUGUAAUGAAGGAUGCUUUGAUGGGAGAGAUAUGCCUGUUCCAGUAGAUCUUGGUGUGGGAGGGCGCUGUGCAGGAAAGCCCUGUCCUGGGAAAUCCAAUGUAGUCAAGCGAGCUGCUCAUGGUCAUACUGGCCUCAUCGCUGUCGGUGAAGGAACCUUCCUUUUGGAUGAGCCUGUGCCCCAUGAACAAAUGGAGAAGCACUGGACACACUUCCAUGGUCUCCUGGGGCUGCUUGCUCUGCUGGUCUCGGUAUCUGUUGUAAUGCUCUUCCUCAAAAAAUGGGUUGUCUUGCAAAUGGCCAGGUCCUAGAGAAGCAGUCUCUAACUUGAAUAAACCUUUUAUCUUGUGUUGACA